AUGCGCUUCUCCAUUCUCCUCUCCGCUGUUCUCGCCGCCCUCGCCGUCUCCGCACUGCCCAUCGGCAACCAGGCCGACGCGCUCAUCGUGCGCGACAUCGCCGCUCGCGCCUUCGAGACCAACGGCCGCCGCGACUCCGCGGUCAUCGCCACCAACAACCGCCGCGACUCCGCGGUCAUCGCCACUCACAACCGCCGCGCUCCUGCGCCGCAGAUCACCAAGGGCCGUCGCGACGACGAUGUCGAGGUGCUGCCGCGCAGUAACGGCGUAGCCAACUCUCGCCGCGCCGUCGAGACCAACCACCGCCGCGAGCCGCAGGUCUCGCUCCGCGCCAUCGCAACCAACGCACGCCGCGACGGCGAGGGCAACGCUCCUCGGGCAGUUGAGACCAACCACCGCCGGGCACCCGAGCCCAGCAACGGCGUGGCCAACUCCCGCCGGGCACCCGAGCCCAGCAACGGCGUGGCCAACUCCCGCCGGGCACCUGAGCCCAGCAACGGCGUGGCCAACUCUCGUCGGGCACCUGAGCCCAGCAACGGCGUGGCCAACUCUCGUCGGGCACCCGAGCCCAGCAACGGCGUGGCCAACUCUCGCCGAGCACCCGAGCCCAGCAACGGCGUGGCCAACUCUCGCCGCGCCGUCGAGACGAACCACCGCCGUGCGCCCGAGCCGCAGGUCACGCACCGCGCCGUCGACGCCGACGUCUUGCCUCGCAGCAACGGGGUGGCUAACUCUCGCCGCGCCGUCGAGACGAACGAGCGUCGUGCACCGGCUCCGCAGGCCACGCACCGUCGCUGA